CAGUCUUGGCAUCUUAACGGCGCCGUGUGCUCUUGUAGUAAUUUCGUUCAUCUUCAUCUUCGUCAAUCAUCAUCUUCUUUCUAUAGGUUAGCGGCGCUUGUCUUUGUCCGUACCACUAGACGGAGAGUCACUGAUCGCCGGUUCUCUAUCUGAAGCAAAAGCAUGUCCGCCGAGAACGUCCCGCCUCUCAUCGCGGCUCAGCUAAAUUACCUCCUCAACCAUUUUCCGCUUCCCGUUAAGAUUGAGCAGAUGUGGUCCGGCAGCAAAAACUACCCUGGAAUUCUUGAUCGGUUCACUUUAGUCGUCCCCUACUGUCUAGACUUUCUCAAAUGGGAUCUUAUAUACGAUGCGGAGUUACCAAUGUGCGCACCCGAUAUUAUAUUUGGAGCGGAGGAUGAGACUUUUCAUCAAUUUGUUGCAAGGGGUGGUGUUGAUGGAGAAGGGAAUUCAAAGUCUCCCAAGAACUGUUUGAGCGAUUGGAACAACAAAGACCCUAUGCGGCUAAUGGUUCUUGUUCAACAACUCAGGGAUCUAUACAUGUCCUACCAGCGGAGGCGAGUGGGAGAAGUUGACGACGAUAGAUUGAAAUUUGAAAUUAGCACAAUUGUAUCUAGAGAGGGAAUAGAAAUGCAUAUGAGUUCUGGUGUUGAAAAGCCAGAGGAGGUCAAAUUUUCAGUGCCUCUACUGGACAUGAAUUUAAAUAAGAUGGUUCCUGGUUGCCCUUGGAGACAUCAGCAGAAGAUUUACUUACAGGUUGUAUACCCUGUUGGGAAAAAAUAUGUUUCCACGCCUUCUCCUCCUCGACUAAAAUUACUUUCGACUUCUGAGUUGAAGACUUUAUUUUCUAUAGAAGAGGUCAAACUUCCUUCAUGGUUGGACGGAAUGUGCAUGGCUGAAUAUCUUCCCCAUUUGGAAGAGUCUCUUGAGAAACAGGUCUUAGAGGCAGUUUCCUUAAUUGAUGUCAGAAGGCGCUUUAUUGAGGCAUCAGCUCUUCCAUUUGGAAGACCAAUAGAAGCUGAUCCAGUUUUUUGCCGGAGGGCAACAUUUCUUGCUGCAUCAGGCGUAUUCACAUUCCUGGUUCACUUCUUCAUCUCUACCCAAUUUCCAAAGCAACAACCAACUCUGAUGCUUCAGAGUUCUCAGCAUUUCAACUCCCAGGGGGCACCAAUCAAGUCGCCUCAUCUGAAUGAGUAUCCUUGGAGUCCAAGAUGGGAACCAUUACAAAUGGCUGAGCGGAUUUUUGAAUUUUUGGUGGAUGAGGCUUUGAGCUUUAAGAGGUACUGCAACGAGGCACAUCACCAGCACUAAUUUCAUCAAUGGGCUUUUUUUUUUUUUUUUUUCCUUUUCAAUCGGUCACAAUUUCAUCAACGGCUGAUUUUGUUAUUCUAUGUCCUCACCGUGUACCAAUCCAGUUGUGUAAAGCUGCAUAAGGGAAACUCAUAUUUGCAAUUAUUCGAAUAUGAAAAUGGAUCAAAAGGAAGAGUUGUCAUUUGUAUAUUGUUUCCGGUCGUUGAUGUGUUCCUCUGCUAUAGUAGCAUGGUAAUGUGGACGCUCAAUCGGAGAAAAAGCUCACCAUGGUUAUUGCUGAGCUGUAUGAAUUUUUUUC